UUUGUUAUUUUCGUUUUGGAGAGAAACCCCGCUCGACUGUUUCUUCCCCCUUCUUGGCUUCUUCUUCUUGUCUACAGAGCGCUCUCUCUCUCUCUCUCUGCACCAGACAACAAGACCUCUCUCUACCAGAGGAGACCAACACUGAAAGACAUGACCGCAGAUCGAGAUAGCUAGGGCUGAUUUUUUGGCUCACUCAUUUUUUGCUAGUAAGCCAGAUGUACAAGAACUUGAUUUAUAUUUAGAUUCUAUUAUAUGUAAUCUAGUUCGGGCAAAAUGAGGCGUAGACCUACUGAUUUUCGACGCCCUGUGAAGAGAAGAUUUUCAAAGCUCUUCUGGUUGACUUUAUGUGGCUUGGUGGUUCUGCUAUUUAUUGUGCUUUCCAGCCAAGACAAGCAGCCAAGUUCCAGACCUACAAUUGUUCAAAGGUCUUACAAGCACAAUAGGAUAACAGAAGGCCUGAACAUUACUGAAGAAAUGCUUAGUCCUCAUUCAAUCACAAGACAACUAAGUGAUCAGAUUUCUCUUGCAAAAUCUAUUGUUGUGAUAGCAAAAGAAAGUAACAACCUCCAGUUUGCAUGGGAAUUAAGUGCUCAGAUUCGCAACUCACAGAUCCUACUCUCAAAUGCUGCAACAAGACAAACUCCAUUGACAGCCGGAGAAUCAGAAACUGCAAUCCGUGAUAUGGCACUUUUGCUGUACCAAGCUCAACAAUUCCAUUAUGACAGUGCAACCAUGAUCAUGAAGCUGAAAACAAAAAUUCAGUCUCUUGAAGAACAAGUAAACUCUGUGAACGAGAAGAGCUCAAAAUAUGGGCAAAUAGCUGCUGAGGAAGUCCCAAAAAGCCUAAACUGCCUAGGUGUCAGGUUAACAGUUGAAUGGUUUAGAAAUUCAAAUUUCCAGAGGAAACUCUCAGAAGGAAAAUGGAUAGCAGAAAAACUUGAAGACAACAAUCUCUAUCAUUUCUGUGUCUUCUCUGACAACAUCCUUGCAACUUCAGUCGUGGUCAAUUCAACUGCACUGAACUCUAAACAUCCAGAUAUGGUUGUUUUCCACCUUGUAACUGAUGAAAUCAACUAUGCUCCAAUGAAGGCUUGGUUCUCCAUGAACAGUUUUCGAGGAGUAACCGUUGAGGUUCAGAAGUUUGAAGACUUUGGCUGGCUCAAUGCUUCUUAUGUCCCUGUCCUGAAGCAGCUACAAGAUUUAGACACUCAGAAUUAUUACUUCUCUGGAAACAAUGAUGAUGGCAAGACUCCUAUAAAAUACCGGAACCCAAAAUACCUGUCUAUGCUUAACCACCUCAGGUUCUACAUUCCAGAAGUUUUCCCUGCACUGGAGAAGGUAGUAUUUCUUGAUGAUGAUGUUGUAGUUCAGAAAGACCUGUCACCACUAUUUUCCAUAGACCUUAAGGGAAACGUGAAUGGAGCUGUUGAGACAUGCAUGGAGACAUUCCACAGAUAUCACAAGUACUUGAAUUACUCUCACCCCCUAAUACGCUCACAUUUUGAUCCCGAUGCCUGUGGGUGGGCAUUUGGGAUGAACAUUUUUGAUUUGGUUGAGUGGAGGAAAAAGAAUGUGACUGGCAUUUAUCAUUACUGGCAGGAGAGAAAUGUUGACAGGACAUUGUGGAAACUUGGGACAUUGCCACCUGGAUUAUUAACUUUCUAUGGGUUAACUGAGCCUUUGGAUCCCAAAUGGCAUGUAUUGGGGUUGGGUUACACAAAUGUUGAUCCUCAAUUGAUAGAGAAGGGGGCCGUGUUGCAUUUUAAUGGAAACUCAAAACCUUGGUUAAAAAUUGGGAUUGAAAAGUAUAAACCGUUGUGGGAAAAGUAUGUCGAUUACUCUCAUCCUUUGUUGCAGCAGUGCAAUUUCCAUUGAUGUUGGGAUGGAGCCUGGAGGUUUGGUUUUUGACAGUGCAAAGAUCGCCACUGAAAGCAACCAAAAUUUUGUAUCUUGGGAAUGCCUGUACGAUUUACCAAUAGGAAUGACUUGAGGCUAAUGGUGGGGAGAUUAGUAUUUAUUGUACGCUUUCCUUCCUAUUGUAGUAUAGAUUGUUUUCUUUUCCCCACAUCAUUUUAAAGUUUAAUGUUAUGUGAAAUCAAAUGUUCUCCCMCCCCCCCCCCCCUUUUUCUUUCUCUGUCUUUGUUAGAGUUAAAACUUGGGAAUCCAUCAAUGUAUUCUUUUUUUCUGCAGAGUAUUAUAUGAAGUAGUGCAACAAUCUGGCAUUCA